AGUCUUCAAUUGGCACGCGACGGAAUAGCACAACUUGCUUGUACUACACCCACACGAUACAACCUCCUCUUGCCUACCGCACAGUGUACCAAAUAAUCCCUCAAAGACAUCACACCACACAAGAAUAAGAAAAUAUUUAUUAGUACCACAAAAAAAAUACCGCAAUAGUAUUAAAAAAAAAUUUAAUUUCCCUCCACCCAGACGCGUGUUUAUUUUUCUCAAGUUCUUUCACAUCACUCUCACUUCAUGUGGCAGGCUGUAGAAAAAAUUUUGAUUCGUGAUUUCUAUGGUUCUUUUUUAAUAUUCCAUCUUCACACUCAUUUGAUAUAAACAGGAAGUUACACCACGGCGUGAUCGUGCAAGACAUUUGGGAGCAUAAAGUAUGAUCACAAAAUUCACGCGUGGAUGAGGCAAUCAAGGAGAAAAAUUAAUUGUUGGUGCUGAGUCUGUGAAGGCACUCCUGUGUGCAAAGUUAAUGUGGCAUUAGAAGGUACGCAGGUUAAUUGGAAAAGGAUAAAAUUUCCUCAAUGUCGUGUUAGAUUAAAUAACGAACUUUCAGGAGAGCUUUCGAAAGUUACCUAAGUAUAUAGGUUUAAUAUUAUAUAUAAUUUUUUACACCUCCAAAAAUUUUCGCACGCGUGAACGUUUAAUUAGUUAAAGCUCAAUUACACCAAAAAGGUGAAAUUUUUAAGCAGCAACAUCUGAAGAAGUACCCGACAAAUGGUUGGCGCCAACGGGGAGAAAAGAUGCAAAAUUCGAGUGGAAUAAUUCAUAGAAUGUCAAAGCAAAUAGCUCCUUUUGCGUAAUCAUUCUGGCGCGGAUGGGAAUUUGAUUGAGCCCCAUUUGGUGGAAUUGAGAAAGUGCAAAAAGGACGAAGAUAUACAAAUUUUUUGCGUAGACAGAGAAAUGGGAAUGGCGACAACGUCCAGAAUUGAUGAGAGAGACCUCCAACCACUGGGUAAUGAAGAUUUCAACGAUGUCCGCACAACACGCACGGAUGAAGUGAAAUCUCUCCUUACGCGCCUCUAUUAUGAAUGCAUGACAGGCGGCAGGAAUGCUACGGAGUAUGAAAAUAAAUCAGGCAACAAUCCAUCGAAUGGACAUGAAUGCCCAAGGACUUUUGAUGGGUACUUGUGCUGGCCUCGAACACCAGCUGGUUCCACCGUCUCGCAACACUGUCCGGAUUUCGUAACUGGCUUUGACAGCUCUCGUAUGGCCUAUAAAACGUGCUUGACGAACGGUUCGUGGUUUUCACAUCCUGAAACUGGGGCUGUUUGGUCCAAUUACACCACAUGCGUGGACAUUGAGGAUUUUGAGUUCAGACAAUUAGUGAACGAUUUAUACACAAGAGGCUACAUAAUUUCAUUAAUUACUCUCAUCAUUUCCCUCAUAAUAUUCCUCAGUUUCAGAUCAUUACGUUGUACGAGGAUUAAGAUUCACAUUCAUUUAUUCAUAUCGUUGGCCUUUACCUGUACAGCAUGGAUACUGUGGUACAAAUUAAUUGUGGAGAAACCUGACACAAUUCGGGAUAACACGACCGGAUGUGUUGCUCUGCACAUAACUCUUCACUACUUUAUGCUUGUCAACUACUUUUGGAUGUUCUGCGAAGGCCUACACUUACAUUUAGUUCUUGUUGUGGUAUUUGUAAAGGAUGCUGUGGCUAUGCGGUGGUUUACGAUAAUUGGUUGGAUCCUCCCAAUUAUCCUCGUGUCAGUUUACGCUGUAAUUCGUGGACACAACCCAAUAGCUUCAAAACAAUGUUGGAUGGAGGAUUCUGAGCUCAUGUGGAUACUCACAAUUCCCGUUUGCAUUUCAUUAAUUGCUUCCAUGGUUUUUCUGAUUAAUGUCGUCCGUGUUCUCCUCACAAAAUUACAUCCAUGCUCAGCACAACCAGCACCAUUGGGGCUAAGGAAGGCCGUUCGUGCCACCUUCAUUCUUGUGCCACUUUUUGGUCUUCAACACAUCCUCCUUCCAUUCCGGCCAGACACUGGAUCUCCACUAGAGAGAUACUAUCAAGUAGCUUCAGCAAUACUCGUCAGUCUUCAGGGAUUCUGUGUUUCAUGUUUGUUUUGCUUCAUGAAUCACGAUGUCAUAUUUGCAUUGUGGAACCUCCUGAGUCGCCUCUUUCCCAGCAUCACACCAACCAUGAGGUGGGAGAGCGUCAAUGGGCCACAAGCUACACAGAGUCGUGAUAUUGUUGUGUAAAGAAGUAUAUAUAUUAAUACCUUUAUAGAUUGAAAUGUAUAUAGCGAUGUAUUGGCAGUUUUUUUUUCUAAAUAAUGUAUUUUUUGGCAAAAAAAAAGAGAAAACAAUAAAGUAGAGAUUUUCAAUGUUAAGCAGGUGAAAAAAAAGUUGUAAUUGAUGAGACUGUGUGCAAAAUAUAUAUUGUACUCGAUGGAAAGCUUU